GUUAGGUUAAGAGAUAAGGAUUCUAUUUUUUAUUUUUGUUUUGUAGAACAAUAAUAUUUUGAAAUGAAUAAUAUGAAUUGUGACCCUGAUAACAGAAUAUUGACUUCAAGUCCUACGUCAACAACGUCUGGCAGCUUAUCACAAGAAGUCGAUCAUCUUUUACCCACUAGUUUAGCUGCAGAAGAAUUACAAUUAGCCUUAAAUAAAGAAGCUACAGAAGAAGAAUUAUUGAAAGCUAUAAAUCGGUGUAAAGAUUUAGUGUUAGAAAGUGAUCAGUGUUCUGUUGAACGUAAAUGGCUCGUUAGACACUUAAUUGAAUUGCGACUGAGACUACAAGAAUGUCAAGAAGCUAUGAAUGAUCCUCAGCAUCCUAGAAAUAAAAGCAGUGGUGUUUCAAAGAGAACUAUAAGAGGUCACCAUUUAAAUUUACAGCCAUUGUUACGAAGUACAGCGUCACGUUAUUGUGAUCACUGUACGGGUGCAAUAUGGUCCGUUGUUCAGGCUUGGUACGAAUGUGAAGAUUGUGGUUACUCUUGCCAUCACAAGUGUCUGGCAUUUAUUAUUAGAGAAUGCGCUCAUGUAGUGGCUAGUGAACGAGGCAGUUAUGAGUUAGAUAUUUGUCCUGAAAUUGGACUUUCAGGUCAAAAGUAUUUGUGCGCAGAAUGUAAAACACCAAUGUCUAUAAAUAGAGAAUGGUCUGAAACGCGUAGAUGUGAUUACAAUGGGCUGUACUAUUGUUCUGCAUGUCAUUGGGGCAGUUCGGCAAUUGUACCAGCUCGAGUAAUUCACAAUUGGGAUCUUACUCCCCAGCCUGUCAGUCAGGCUAGCUUGCAACAGCUACGAGUGACCGCUAGAAGACCGUUGAUCAAUUUAGAAAAAUUAAAUCCAAAGCUUUUCACAUUCGUUCACGAAUUAAAUUUAGUGCGUAGAUUGCGACAGGAACUAAUGGGGAUGAGGAAAUAUUUAUUAGUUUGUAGGAAAGCGACGGAGGAUCACUUGUUAUGGAAACACGUCGAUAUACCUCACUUAAUUGAUACGUCGGAUAUGUAUAGCCUUCAGGACCUUGUAGAUACUAAUUCAGGAGAACUGCCAUCGAAACUACAUACGUUGGUUGAUGUAUUUUCUAAACAUAUAAAGGUCGAAUGUGAAAUAUGUCGAGGAAGGGGACACAUCUGUGAGAUAUGCUCCAAUGAUGAAAUUUUGUAUCCGUUUGAUGCAACCGCUUACAUUUGUAAUGAGUGUAAUGUUGUACUUCAUAAACAUUGCUUUUCUAGGAAAGAUAUUUGUCCCAAGUGCUCCAGAAUUAAAUUUCGACAGGAGCAAGUAGUUACCGAAAAUGGUAAUGAUGUUGCUGAGGAAUAAAGUAAAAACCUGUGAUUUAUUUAUUUUUUGUUAAUGUGCAAUAAUUGGGAUUAGUAGGAUAACUAAAGAAAGUUUGACUUUCAGAAAAUAUUUUUAGUAUUAACUUUAGACUAGGGUGCAGUUCACUAAAUUAAUUGGGAUUGGAUAAAUCAUACAUUAUUUAAGUUCAUGGCGAUGAUGAUUUUCUUUAGGGGGCAAUUUCUUAAAAAUUGUUUUAGAAAAACACCACGAUUAUUUAAAAUCAUUUAUUUUUUUUUGUUAAAAUUAUCACUGUUUCUUUAUCAGUUAUGUGAAAUACUCUUGUGCUCGCAGCUUACAGUCCAAAACCUUAAUAAAGCCUUAACACCAACA